GACGCAGUCGGGCCAUGCCCAAACGUUCCCUCAUUCCUCCCUCUGGAGCUGCAGCGAGAAGCAGCGAGAAGCCCGGCCCAGGCAGCCCCCAGCGGACACCUGCAGCCCCAGAUUCCAUUAGUGAAAGGCCAGCGUGGAGGAAAACCCAGCGUGGGGGAAACACCAGAGUGGGUGAAAAGUGGCCCAGCCCUGCCCGUGCCAGCCUGUGUUUCCCAGCUCCGUCUGCUGCUGCUGCUGAGGGGUCUGCAGCCCCCUGGGCUGUGCCUGGCACCAUGGUGGGUCAGAGCCCGCUGGGCCCUGCUGAACCCAGAGCUGCUGUGCUUCUGCAGCCCUUUGUGCACCAGGUGGGAGGCCACACCAGCAUGCUGACCUACGACGAGCACACCAUCUGCAAGCCCUUGGUGUCGCAGGAGCUGAGCUUCUACGAGUCCCUGCCCCUGGCCAUGAGGCAGUUCACACCUCAGUACAAAGGCAUUGUGUCUGUGCACCUCAAGAAGGACAGCCUGGGCAACCUGACUCUGAUUGCGAGCCCUGGCCUGGGCCAGCCGGAGACCUGCGGCCGCCUGGACAGUGCCGGAGGUGACCCCGCUGUCACCUUGUGGCACAAGUGCAAGUGGAGCCACACCCAGGUCACCAAGACCUUCAAAGACAGCUGCCCUGGGAAGAUGCUUUUGAGGACAGACCUUCAGUACCACACAGAUUUCUUUUUGGAGGAUGCAAAUGGGAAGCAGGCAGAAAGGAAGAGCUACAACCCCUGGGGACUGCACUGUCACCGGCAGCACCUGAACCGCAUGUCCUCCAAGCACAACGAGAACAAACUUCAUCAGUUUCUCCUGCUGGAAAACGUGGUGUCCAAGUACAGCUACCCCUGCAUCCUGGACCUGAAGAUGGGCACUCGGCAGCACGGGGAUGACGCCUCGGAGGAGAAGAAAGCCCGGCACAUCAAGAAGUGUGAGCAGAGCACCUCGGCCUCGCUGGGCGUGCGCAUCUGUGGGAUGCAGGUUUACCAGGCAGACACUGGCCAUUUCCUGUGCAAAGAUAAAUACUACGGGAGGAAGCUCUCUCCGGAGGGAUUCCAGCAGACCCUGCGGCAGUUCCUGUGCAACGGGAACCAGCUGAGGACCGACCUGCUGGAGCCCAUCAUCCUGCGGCUCAAGGCCCUGCUGGCAGUGAUCAGGAAGCAAAGCUCCUACAGGUUCUACUCCAGCUCCCUCCUCAUCAUUUAUGACGGGCAGGAGCACAAGGAGAGUGUGGAUCAGCACCUCCCCUUCCCAAAAACUCACGGCACGAACCCCUCCAGGGUGGAUGUGAGGAUGAUAGACUUUGCCCACACCACCUUCAAAGGCUCCAAGAGCAACCCCAACCCCACCCCGUACGAUGGGCCGGACCACGGCUACAUUUUUGGCUUGGAGAACCUCAUCAAAAUCCUUCAGAGCCUGUUGGAAGGGAAGUGAGAAUUUCUGUGAAACGGCCUGGAUUUCCUAAUGACUGAUAGCCCUGAAAACCCCUCCUGGGGUCGGCUGUGUGGGACCCUGCGGCCGCUGGAUGUGGCACGGAACGAGCACGGCUCAGUCGGGAAGUGCUGAAAAUUUUCCGUGUGCCGUCACUGAACUGAAGCGUGGAAAGCAGAGAGCUGGAAGAAUCUGCUCUCUCUGCCAUCCAUCAGAAGAUUUAUUUUCCUUUCUGGUUUUACUGCUGUCCUUGAUUUAUUUGUGAGCCAAAGCAAGCAUUACUUGGGAAGAGUCUUAAUGAUAAAGCAGGAGAUGCUCACCCCACAGCCGAGCGGGAGGAGGGGGUUUGAGGCAGGAAUGAACAGAUGGAGCUUCCAUUUGGAGCUUCCCUUCCUGCUCCUGCUCAGGUCAGGGGAAAAACACCCUCCAACAUUCCCAGUGCCCCUGGUUGGGAUUCUCUGUGCACGUGUUCAGACCAAGAGCUGCACCUCACCAAGCUUUGACAUCCCUGCGGGGUUACAACAGGGAAUUUCCCACAGAUUUUAUAGGAAAGAGGCUCCACUGGGGCUGGAAGUGUGGGAAUGCAAUGACUCUGUCACGUAUCAGCCACAAAAAACUUUUACAUCAAGGGAUUUUUGCUUAAAAAAAAGCAAGAAAAAAAGAAAAAAAACUGUGAGAUUGAGUCAGGGACUGGAUGUCAAAGGUCACCCAGAAAUUCUUUGAUACAAAUUCUGUGUGUGUGUGUGUGUGUGUAUGUGUGUGUGUGUGAGUUUGAAGGAGACAGUAACAAAAGACUCUAAAAAUAAUGUUUACAGCUUUUGUGGACAGAUUUUAUUAUCAUGAUGGAACAAACACAAUUCCUUCCUGCAUGGUGUGGGAAAUCUGAAGGAGAAGUCCUUGCACAAGGAAUAGAGCUACAGAACUCCACUACUGGGGAGAGGGGAUAU